AUGGUCCACCACGAAGAAGCUCUGUUAUUCUCGUCGACCGCAACAUAUUGCAAAAUGCAACUUUCAGACUCUUCCAAGGCGACAACUUUGCCCUUAGAUCCGACAGAUAAGAGCAAGACUGAGCGACUAGCAUUAGCAUGUCGUUCUACUUCCAAAGAACUUCAACAGCGUCUAUCAAUCGCCUCGGAUACAUCUGAUCCUGGUCUGGAUGAUCCCUUUGCUUCUUCGACGUCCGAUUCUUCCAGCGAAGAUCAUGAUGAUGAUUCGGAAGGAGAAGCUCUCGAACAAGCUGCUGCUCAUUUAUGGGAUUCUUGGUGGUCUCCCGCGAAACAAAAUCUUGAGAUGCGCCAGUCCUUUUACCAAGUUACUCCACGCUCAACUGUUAAUAUAACACCGGAACCACUGUCUCCGUGUAAUCGAAACUUUGCUUCAGAGAACUUGUCAGACUUGACAUUGUCAAACGAACCACUAUCUAAACUACAUCGAUCUUCCGCUAUUCGCAACGCCAAGCAUCAAAGUCGAUCACAAACACCUCCUACUCGUCAAUCACAACAUGCAUACACAACCUUUCCAACGCAACCGCCUCCUGUACCUCCAAAGCCCCAAAACUAUAGGCCGCAUGGAAGAUACAAGUCAUGGCCCACACGCUCUUCCUCUCGUCAGAUGUCAAGACCUCCUCUUCAAAGAACAAGAGCCAAUACCACCCCUGGCAACCCCUACGCUCCCGUCCACUCUUCGGGUCUCAGUAUCAUCACCACUCUAUCACCAACACCACAGGGCUCAAGACAAACCUCCUGGAGCACCACCUCCGAAGACCGUCUCUACAUGCGCUCAUCGCUCAACACGCCACCCACUCGACCACUCAUGGAUUUGAUGAGCAACGAGAUUUGCCCCGAGAUCUCCUGUUUCGAAGACGAUGACGAUGACGAGAAACUCGGUCUUAUUGAUUCGUUGGGUUCGAAGCUGCAUAUCAGAACUAGUUGUGGUGGUGCUGCGAGAGAUAAAGUGUUUGAUGUUGAGGAGAAGAAGAGGAGCUCGAAGAUUCGAAGUAGGGCGAGGAGUGCUACUGGUGCUAUUAGAGAUGUUUUUGUGAGGAAGAGAGCGGGGACGGUUGGGUGUUCGUGA